GCAUCGCCCACAAGUGAUACUUUCUCUCGUCACCCCUCUCUCUUUCUCUCUCUCAGCGUCAUAGCCAGUCAUGGAAGCGAAGCUCCUUCAUCGGAGCAUGAGCCCUUUCGCGCCGACCCGCGUUCACCCUCUCUGUGGACGAGCUAACAGGCCUCUGCGCUCUCGGGUUAUCGCCGUCUUGACAAGACCCGCCAAGGACGCAGUGGGAGUCGGGGAGAAGACGGUGACAACGACCACCACGACAAGGCCAGAAGGAGAUGCCAUUGUCACGAAGUACGAGGACAGCUGGUUUGAUCUCAUGGCCGCUAAUCAUCUCUCUCGAAGCGUUCAAGGCACUACAGGUAUUAGGAGCAAAAAGAGCGGGUACGGGGGCUUGGUGGAGGCGGCCUCAGCGGCGUACCGGAGCUUGAAUCCGGCGGAGCAGCAGGAUCACGUCAUCUCAGCUCUUGAAAUGGCCUUCCCGAGGCCAAUCUUGAACAUGAUGAGGACGUUGAUGCCGCCUCGUUCUAAAUUCACCAGGGAAUUUUUUGCUGCCUUCACCACUGUCUUUUUCGCUUGGUUGGUCGGAAAAUGCGAGGUGAGAGAAUCAGAGCUCGAUGGAAGAAGAGAAAAGAAUGUCGUCCACAUAAGGAAGUGCAGGUUUUUGGAAGAAACCAACUGUGUGGGUAUGUGCCUUAAUCUCUGUAAAAUGCCUUGCCAAACAUUUAUCAAAGACUCCCUAGGAGUUCCGGUCAACAUGGUGCCAAAUUUUGAUGACAUGAGUUGCGAUAUGGUAUUUGGGCAAGACCCUCCAGCGAUAAGUGAUGAUCCAGCAUUAAAACAGCCAUGCUUUAAAUUAUGCCAGGCAAAGCAAAAGCACAGUGGAACAUGCACAAGUUGAUGCAGAGAGAUAGAGAAGGGGAAUGAUCGACAGUUUCAUUACCAAAACUUGGACCCAUUCUUUGUAGUGGAUAUACAAAGGCCUAGCCAAGAUUUUUUCCCCUUUUAGUUGUUUGACAUAUCAAUAACCCAAAAAAUAAUAUAUGCGAAAAUAUCAAGAUAUGCCUAGCACCUUGUCUAUAGAGGUAUACUCUUGCCGUGUAAAAGCAUUUUCAGUAAGGCACUCAUUACCAAUGCUGUAAAACAAUGAUGUCCAGCUUCCUUCAUCACCCAUAUAACCAAGUUUAAGGACAUGCAGGAGAUAUUCAAGGGGAGACAGCCACAAAAAGGGCGGGUCAACAAAACUUCCACCGGUCAUGGUAAUGGGACUCUAUUGGGCAUAUUUGAUGUAGCAAUAGUUACAUCAAAGUUUUUUAACUGCAGAAAUGA